AUGCUACGUCCGGUGGCCACAGCCAAGAGCUUGAUUCACCACCACGGCCGCGACCUCCGGCAAAAGAUCCAGAUCCAAGUCCUGAGGCCGACGUGCGAUGUGUUCAUAAACCACCGCGGGCUCGACACCAAACGGAAUGUGUCGGGCUUGCUGUACCAAUACUUCAGCGUGCUCCACCUCCGCCCCUUCCUGGACAGCAAAACCAUGAGGCCCGGCGACUCGCUGUUCCAGAAGAUCAACGAGGCGAUCUGCGGGUGCAAGGUCGGGGUCGCCGUGUUCUCCCCCCGAUACUGCGAGUCGCCAUACUGCCUCCACGAGCUUGCCGUGCUGAUGGAGAACAAGAAGAGGUUGAUCCCCAUCUUCUGUGAUGUGCGACCAUCUCAGCUUCAAGUCCCGGACGACGGGAUCUCUUCCGAGAUGGACUUGAAGAGAUUCAGGGACACUCUCGACGAAGCUAGGGACACGGUCGGCCUCACUUUCGACACAUCAACAGGGGAUUGGUCGAAGCUCUUGAACGAUGCUACAGAUGCAGUGGUGAGGAAUGUGCUCGAAGAAGAGGAAGAGCGCGCAAGCAAGAACCCUUGA